AUGGUUGAUUUUUUCUACAAUUUCCUCCAUCAGUGGCCUCUCAAUAUUAAUGUCAACAAGUAUGAAUACAUGGUGUUAGUGGACAUGCUCAAGACUAGUCACUCGGAGCUUGACAAAAAGAUCGGUGGUGGGAUCCAAGCUUUCCAAGUUUGGUUUCUUCCAGUGUUUAAGACUCGGUGCUUCUUCUUAAUUAAAGAUGAUGACUCCGUUGAUGAUAAAAUGGAAAAAAAUAAGUUAGGCAAGUGUAAUUGGGAAGAUAACUAG